AUGGCCCAGUCUACCUCUGCUACUCGUUCCCAUCUUUCUGAAUACGAGAUUUGGUGGAGGGACCACUACAACUUCCUCGAAGACAAGGGCUACAAGCUACGGAAUCGCUAUAGUCCGGACUGGGUGCCCUCUUGGACAAAUACCAACAAAACUCCCAUAAAUUGCGAGGAUGGAGUCAGGUCGCCACACUAUCGUCUGCUGGAUGCACGCCGCACUCAUGAUGGCGCUCGCGUGUCACUGAAAUCUAUAGUCGUAUCGCGACACCCAUAUGAGAUAGAGAUUGGUCGCUAUUUUUGUGGCUCACCACUCAGCGAAGAUCCAGCUAAUCAUUGCGUGCCGAUAUACGAUGUUCUGAAGGUGCCCACCGACGAUGAUCUUGCAAUAUUGGUUAUGCCGUUACUUCGAGAUGCUACAGAUCCCUUUUUCGACACCGUUGGAGAAGUUGUUGAUUGCAUUCACCAGCUUUUUGAGGGGCUGCACUUCAUGCAUAGGCAUCACGUCGCUCACCGUGACUGUAUGCAGCUCAACAUACUGAUGGACGGCAGCAUGUUCAUUGAUGCAUGGCAUCCAAGCGAUCAAUAUAUGUCGGAGGACCUCAAACACCCGGCGAGGCAUCGUACACGUACUCAAUCUCCCCCACGAUACUAUUACAUAGACUUUGGUAUCUCCCGCAAAUAUGAGGCGUCCAACACCAACCCAUUGGAGGAACCCAUAUUUGGUGGAGAUAAAGAAGUGCCGGAAUUCAUAGAAGACAAUCAUAGACCUCGGAACCCCUUCCCAACUGAUGUUUGGUACCUUGGGCAUGCUAUUCAAGAAACAUUUCUCGACGUAAAGUGCAACAGUGGCUUCUCAUGUGUGGGAUUCCUGGGCGGUCUGGUGUCGGACAUGAUGCACUCGGAUCCAACACAACGUCCGACCAUGGACGAUGUUUUUUCUCGAUUCCAGGUUCUACGUCAGGGCCUCAGCAACUGGAAAUUACGUACUCGGGUGGCUCAUGAUGAGGAGAGAUCUCUUUUUGAUUUACUAGCACAUUGGGCCCGUCGCAUCCAGUACAUAGUACGCAGGAUUCCUCCAACGCAUACCUUGCUGUCAUAG